AUGGCCGCCGUUCAACAAGCCGCCCGUAGUGACAAGAUUCUUAGCGAAAAGUGGGACGCCGCCCUGUCCAACGGUAUCGUUAAAACCGGCCUCGGCUUCGGUGCAGGCGUCGUCGCCUCGGUGCUCUUCUUCCGCCGCAGAGCAUUCCCCGUGUGGCUAGGCACCGGCGUGGGUGCUGGCCGCUCCUGGGCCGAGGGUGACGCUCUUUUCCGCGACACCGCUAUUCUUUCUCAGGAAUCGGGCGUUCGUCAGGUCUCUGCCUAA